AUGCCUAAAGUCAAAAGAAGCCGGAAAGCUCCCCCAGAUGGGUGGGAGUUGAUUGAGCCAACACUGGAUGAAUUAGAUCAAAAAAUGAGAGAAGCUGAGACAGAACCUCACGAGGGAAAGAGGAAAGUGGAAUCUCUGUGGCCCAUCUUCAGGAUCCAUCACCAGAAGACCCGCUACAUCUUUGACCUCUUCUACAAGCGGAAAGCCAUAAGCAGAGAACUGUAUGAGUACUGUAUUAAAGAAGGCUAUGCAGAUAAAAACCUGAUUGCAAAAUGGAAAAAGCAAGGGUAUGAGAACCUGUGCUGCCUGCGGUGCAUCCAGACACGGGACACCAAUUUUGGGACAAACUGCAUCUGCCGGGUCCCCAAAAGCAAGCUGGAAGUGGGCCGGAUCAUCGAGUGCACGCACUGCGGCUGCCGGGGCUGCUCUGGCUGA